GAAUUGCAAAUGGUUGACAUGGAGCCUGCGGUAGACAAGCUUGAAGCCUUGGUAAUAUCAGCUUUUUUUUCUCUUACUUCCACUCGAUCCCUCUUGAAACACAAAUUUUAUGCUCAUUAUACUGUCAAUUCGCUUUCUGUUCCUCUGUGUUCUGUUAAUACAAAUACAAAAAGUUGUUUUUGCUUGAGACAGUUUUUGGCGCCAAAUACAAAAAAAUUUAAGUUGAAAAGUAAACGUGCCCUAAUAUACAUAUGGAUCCUUAUGGUUGCACUGGAGUCUUUCCUCCCGGAAAUUCUUUUCCUUGCUGGAAUUUAUGCAAAAGUAACAAUAAUUUGAACAGUUAAUUAAAACAUUCUGUUGUAAUCAAUGUAUUGUAUCAUCCCAAGAAAUGUACAAGCUGAAUGUAGCAAAUUUUGCUGCAUCUCUGAAUCUAAAUUAAAACAUUCUGCUGUAAUCAAUGUAUUGUAGUAUUGCAAGAAAUGGACAAGCUGAAUGUAGCAAAUUUUGCUUUAUUUCUGAAUCAGAAAUCUUCAAAAUUUGAAGGUUUUAUGUUCUGUUGUUUAUCCACUGUCAUCUAUGCUUUGUUAUACUUAUUAAUUUUUCAGUUUCAACACAUACAACAUAACCCGAAUUUUGCUUAAACAGUUGUCCUACAUUAUUUGAAUUAUUCUCAUUACUCUGUCAUUUUCAAGCAUCCAUUCUUGCACAUGUUUUUAAUUAUGUUAAACAAGACACUUCCAUCACCUAUAUCAUCAAUUUGUAUUGGUUGUCUUUCUCUGAAUUACACAGUUUCAGAAGGCUGAGUCAGACCUGAACUACAUCUCCCUCAGACUGGAGACAGAGUUCUCUCAGCAGUUUUCAGAAAGUUGUCAAGAUGAAGUAUGUUGAUGAUAUAACCUGUAAUCAAUUACAUUUACAGAGCUCAAACUAAUUUUCAGAUGGUGGCCGGACAUGAUGACUGGCCAGACAAAUUUUUGCUUAGUCAAGAUUCAUUUUCUGACCGGUCAAAAAAUUGGAACAAAAGUGAACUAAUCCUUUUGUAAUAUGAUCUUAAUGAAUGUGAUUGCAUAAGUUUUACAGAGAGACAAAAAUAUCUAAGAUUUACAGGUGAGGAUUUGGGUAUUUACUAAAGAAUAAGAGUUUGCAUCAUCUUUCCAUGUGACCAGCGAGUGGAGCUUUUGGCCUGUCAAGACCCCACUCUGGCUUGACAUUGUCAAUUGACCAGCCAGUACUCUAAGCCUUGCAUUUAUGUAGUUGAGGAUGUACAGUGUAACUGUGAUUAAACAUUAAUGAUUAAAGAUACAAUUUUGCAGAAUAUACUUAGAAAAAAUGUGCAGUCAAACAAAAAAACAACAACAACAACAACAAUAAAAAACAAGCACACCAAUAACAAUCAAACAGUACAGGGAAAAUGUCAGUCUGAUGAAAGAUCCUGUGCUGUGUGGAUGAUCUGAAUUAUAUACUGCCCACAGAACUAAGGCUGGGCUACAGUUUUCAUGCACUGAAAAUUUUGGGUUAAUUAAAGAUCAAGGAUUAACCUAGUUCUCAGAUAAACUGGGGGUACCUGGAUCACACUUCCUUGUGCCUAAGAUCUUCUGAGAAUCAAGCUGUUCUAACCUUAUGAAAUUAAUCCAUUUAAACAUUAUUGAAGCCUCAUCUUACAGUGAUAUCCCUUUCAAAGAUAUCAUAAUCUAAUUGAUUUGAUGAAUAUGAUGACACAUUUAUUUCAAAAUAUUUUGUAAUCUACUUCAGUCGAUCCUUUUUUUGAGGUAUUGGUUGCAGGAAGCAACUGAUUCAUUUCCUUUAAAGGUAUUAAGAUUUAAUGGUUUUAAUAUAUUAUUCAGCUGAAUCCCAUCAAACUGUUGAAGAGGAUAAAUCAAGCCAAACAACGAUUUAAGAGCCUUUCUGAAGAAGCAUCCUGCAUUUGCUCUAAACAGGAGGUACAGUCUUUGAAUACAGGGUGCAUUUGACUGAAAUAAUCCUAAUAGAAUUAGUAGACGCUCUUUUGAAAAAUAGGUCAAAGGGGGACGACCUCUCUCCAUGUAUGUCAUAUAUCAAUCGAAAGAAAAUUAUGAAAGAAAUAUAACUUCUUCAUAUUAAGUCUCGUGAUUGUUAGUACAGUGGUGUAACCUGGCAAAGUUUAGUAAAAAAAGUUGACCACUUCUGUACAUUCAGAGACAGUAACAGCUGGGUGACAUAUUUAAGUUUAUACCCCGAUAUAUAGUGCCCUCUGUUAAUAAUAUUUUUAUUUGUUUUGUAGCAAUAAAAUGGUAUGUUUGUAUUUUGAAAUUAUUCUAAGAUUGUCAAAGUAUAAAAUUUUGUUUAUAAAAAUUAAUUUACAUUUUUAUUUUUAGAGUCAAUGAUUGUCAAUGACACCAAAUAGUUACACUCAUCUUGUCAUCACUCAUCUUGUCUUCACCCAAAUCUUAAAAUUUUGGGUUAAAUAAGUGCAUGCUUGUAAUUUAUAUUGUGAUUGUUUUAAUAGGAAAUCAAAGACGUUCUUACGGAUCAAAUGCUGGCUUGCCAGGAUCUUUUACGUCAAUUGCAAAAGUGUGCUGGACUCUCAGUAGGUUUACUUAGUCUAACAUGUCAUCUAUUAUAAAAGAUUUUCAAAGGUUCAUUGAUACAAAAUUAUUUCAUAACUGAGAAACAGUAACACAGUGACUCAAUAUUAUUGUAACUAGUACAAUACUUUAAAUUUCAAUUUCUAGAAAAAGGUAUAAAUUUUUUAACUCUUUCUUACUCUUUUGCCUUAUCAGGUUUUAGAUUCAAACGCUGAUGAGCAGUUUUUGAGAGCACUAGAAACACGUUUAAGAAUAGGUAUGUAAAUGCAGAAAUCAAACUGAUAUGUACCAAGUCUUGUAGUCUUUGCCAUUUGUCUUUGAUCAAUUUAAGAUUUCAUGUUGUUUAAAUAGACACAACAAGUUCAGAACAGAGUGUCCAUGAUGAAGACAAAGAGAACAAUACAUCCGUUGAUCAAACUAGAGGAAAACAACCUCAACUAGGUACUGCAGUUUUUAUACAAAACCAUGUACAUGCAAGAGAUACAAAUUAAUGUAAAAUACAAUUGAUGCAUCUAUCAGUUUUUAAAAUCUUAACACUCAAUAACUUUGUUAAUAUACACGAAUCAUUUUGUUUCAGAAACUGUUACAAAACCUGUUUCAAGAGGAAGAAAGGAAUUUAUUGCAAUAGAUGAAAAAGAAUUUCUGUCAGUGUCAGACCUUGUGCGAGGCCGAGUGAAACUGGCAGAUGUCAACAAGGUAUAGGUAUCUAGCUGAUGAAUGGUUUCAUAUGCCAAACUGGAAUAUCUUAUUGGUACUUAAUUUUGUGAUUUUGGAGAGGCAGUAUUUUGCAGGGUUUUAUUUUUGCGAUUAAAGCGUUCUCAACUUCAUUUUAUUUUUUGAAAAGUCUGAGCUUUUAGAUAAACUGGAACAUGAAGAUUAUAGCUAGAUUCUAUACUUCAUGUGAAAUCUUAGUUUAUAAAUUAAUGUUUUUUCACAACAGAAGAUACAGAAUGAAACUUGCCAGGCAAAUCACUAAAUAAUUUGUGAAUUUGUUGAUACAUAAUUAUCAUGGUGUUGUUAUUAAAUGUAGAUUAUUUUUUUCUGUGAUUGAAUUUUAUAUGGGUAUUAAAAUUCGCGUGUUUAAAUUUCAUGGGGAUUCUUAUUUUCCGGUCUUUAAUUUUGCAAUUUUUUUACAAUCGCCAAAAAGGUUAACUUUAACUUUGCUUGAAACAAGACACCUCUAAAUUCUCAUUAAUGACCCCCCAAAACAAGAAAUAUUCAUGCUAUAAAUUCAUUAAAUCAAGGGUUGAUUAUUCUGUCAUGUACUUAUAGAGAUUUGCAAUUUUACUAUUUUAGGUUUACGAGGUCCUUUUUCAACAUUUUAAGAAAAACAAAAACAGGUACAUGUAUUGCUGUGUGUGUUUUGGUCAACACAGCACUGUUACUAAAUAUGAUAGUUUUUACAAUGAACAUGUAACAUCAUUACACACAUUGAUUUCCAAGUUACAGUACUGAAUAUAUUAUUCGUAUUAUUUACAAUAUUAAUAUUAAUAUUUUAUAUUUCUCACCAAACAAAUUGACUGAUUUUUUCUCCAUUUUGAAUAAUCAGUUCUAGUCUCACUCCUAAAGAAAUGACAAAAAUGGGGCUCAAGGUAACUGGUGCAACUGGAGAAGCAAAAUUAAAGGUAAUCUUUUUCUGCCUGGCUUGCUGAAUGAAUAGAAAUUAAUGCAAAGUUCCAGAAAAUAACCACUGAUACCUCCCCAUGACCGUCUAACCCUCUAGAAAUUACCAUCUUUUUGGUCUUUGAGACCCCUUCCUCCUCCUUCCAAUUCCUUACGUGGGGUGAGUAUUUGGUGAUUUAAUUUACAGCACAUUUUUAUAUCUUUGGCAAACAAUUAAUGAUACGUCAAAGCUUAUCAUUAUGUGAGAAUCAAUUUGAGAAUGAUACUUUUUUGCCUAUUUUUAUUCAGCUAUGAUACAGAUCGGUAGGGAUUGCAUGCUACGCCUGUUAUGUGUAGAUAUGCCAUUUAUACCAAAAUUAAUAUGACUGUGUGAAUACUGGUUGUAUUCAUGCGCACUUGGUUUUGUUAAAAUGGUCGUCUCUUCUUACUCUAAUAUGUAUUUAUUUAAUAAGUGUAUUAUGUGUGACCCAGUAUUUUUCAUGUGGCCCUUCUAAAAAUGUGUAAGUUAACAUCAGGCCCCAGUUGUUCAAACGCUGGAUAGUGCUAUCCACUGGAUAAAUCACUAUCCAGCAGAUAAGUAUUUAGGAAACCAAUAAUUAUUAUUAUUAUUGGUUUCCUAACUGGUUUCCCAAAUACUUAUCCGCUGCCUUAUCCAUUGGAUAGAGAUUUAUCCAUCGGAUAGUGCUAGCCACCUUUUGAACACCUGGGACCAGAAGGUUCUGAGAAACACAGCUGGCAGCUAGAGGUUACCCUGAGUGCAGUGGUUUCUCUUGACUGGAUGUUAAGUCUGGCCUGGAGAAACCACUGCUUGCUGUGUAGCUAGAGGUUUGCAAACCAUUUGGCUAGGGUGACCAGGAGUAAAAAUUAUCCAGCUAAAGGUCAGUGCCAGACUACCAUAUUGCAAGUCCACUGACCACUCUGAUCACUUGGCCAUACAGCUGAAUUCUUCCUCAGUGAGAUAUGAAUCAUUAGAAGGCACAUUAAAUCCUUAACCUUUACUAUGGGAAAAUCAGAGUUUCAAAAUCAUUAAAGAUAAUUAUUUAACACUGUGGCCAAAAUGGGCUUGGCAUGCAGCAAAAUUCAACUAUUUGUGACAAACUUUUUUACAAUGAGAUCAACAAUAUUAUUGUCGUCAAAGGCCUUUUGGCCUGGAGGUACAUGUAAUGAAAAGUAAUGAUCAUAGCGUUAUUUUUUGUCUCUGCUGGUUUUAUUUUUCAGGUUCUCAGAGCAUUGAAAGUCAUUGAGAUAAACAACAAGGGGGCUGUAAAGAUGGCAUGA